UUGUUCCCUCGUACCUACUCCUUCCUCGGCGACGGCUUCGGCGGCGGAGGGCGGUGAUGUCGAAGCAGGCGAUGAUCGAGAGCCACCGAGAGGGCGCGGAGGUCCACCGCGGCGCUGACCUCUGCAAGAAGCAGUCGAUGGACCUACUGGCGGAGCUCCACCUGCCCAAGGCCCUCCUUCCGCUGGCGGCCGUGGAGGAGGUCGGCUACAACCGGGCCACCGGGUUCGUGUGGCUGAGGCAGAACAAGUCCACCACCCAUGUCUUCAAGGCCAUCGGAAAGACGGUGUCGUACGCGUCGGAGGUAACGGCCUUCGUGGAGGACCGCCGGAUGAAGCGGAUGACCGGGGUCAAGAGCCGGGAGCUCCUCAUCUGGGUCUCCAUCACCGACAUGUACAUUGACGAUCCCGAGUCCAAGCGGAUCACCUUCAAGACCCCCGCCGGGAUCGGCCGCUCCUUCCCGGUCUCCGCCUUCGAAGCCGACGCGGAUAAGGAAGAGGAGCGCGACGGCGGUAAGUAAGGGACUAGAUCUAUAGUUGUGCUCCCUCUUUUCCUCUCGCAAAAUAAUUAGAUUACAGUACUGCAUGUGUGAGGAUGUGUUGUUUUGCGAUGAUGAUGAAGUGUUCGUGUGUA